CGAACUGUGAUCGAUGUGGACGUCCUGCCAGAAGAAGCCGUCGCAGGAUCCAGCAGGUCAAUUCGAAAGAUGGAUCUGCAGGGCCUAUUAAUCGGCAUGCUUGUCAUGUCAGUGCUCUUGGUCUUGCCUAUCAUGAUAAGGGACUGGUAUGGGCUUGCCAAUGCAAUCGGGAUGGGGAUGUCUGUGCUGGUCCGCCGUUUUGUUGUGGAAGACCUCCGUGAGACUCUAGAUCACUCGGCAGUAGAGUCUAUCCGGACACAGCGUGGAGCGGAGAAGGUCCAGGCUUUGAUUGUCAUGCCAGACGGCACUUUGGUGACCGUCAAUACUCCCCGAGGCAUCAUGGUUGACUGCUUUACCAGAAUGAAGCCAAACCACCAACACCGCAUCCGCCGUUCGGUCAUUAGAACCUGUGGUUGGCUCGGUUUUGGUAUCCAGGUGGUGACGCUAGGAAUUUGCUCGCUAACUGUCCAACUAUACACCAUCGCCCUGCUGAUUGGUGGUUCUGUGUUUCUGGUCCGUGGGAUUGGGGCAGACAAUUCUAUACUGGGACGACGACUUUCCAUCAAAACACAGAUCCUUCAGGACCCCGAUCGCCGGCUCUCGGCCUACAGCCGCCUGGAUCUGCAGGUCUCUCAAGAGGAGUUCUUGAUCCGCCUGGGAAUGAUGCCACAGCGUGAGAAUACGGUCUUCUGGGAGGAAUACACCCGGGCCAGGGCAGUGUUUCACCAUCGUCACGAGGACACCAAGCAAGACAUGUUUUCUGCGACCACUGACGCAAAGGAGAUGACGAAUUCCUCGGGGUUGAGUUCUAGAACAUCAACAAUCUCUAUCAAUUCUGUAGUCGAGUAACGAUUUUGUCACCAACUAAAGAUACUACUUUUAUCUAGUUACCUACGCUUUGUACAUAGAUGAAUGAAUGA